UCUAAAAUGCACAUUCAUUUCAGAUACAUUUACCUAAACGAAUCGCCUUUGGAUAAAAUUGAAGAUGAAAAACAAAUAAUUAGUUUUUGGUAUGCUACAACGUGGAUUGAGUUUGACAACUUGAGAGAUAAAUGUUUCAACAUGAUUAAAAUAAAUGUUUCUACCUGUUUAUUUGCAUAUUAUUAUGGCAAAACAUUGCUAUUACAGAAUCCUUAUUAUAACAACAAAGUAUUUUCAAGAUGUCAAAAGUUGAUUGCUGUGAAAACUCCAGAUAUUUUAGCGAGGAUUGUGGACGACGACAUACAGGCUGACCUUCUAAAGUACGUGUUUGCAGUAAAGGUGAUGGUGUCGGAAAGUGAACUGGAGUUAUUUGAGACAUUGGCUAAAUAUGCUCAUGCGCACGGUUGGAAACCCAGCGAGCAAUAUUAUGAAAAGGAUAAAAAUGGCGAAGAAAAUGCUACCUUUCAAAAGAAAAUACGCGACGCUCUAAAAGAAAUCGGGUUCUUAAGCAUGACGCUGAAGGAAUUCGAGGAAGGUCCAUCCAAGUCGGGGUUUUUGACUGAGGAAGAAGUGACAAUGAUCCGGAAAAAAAUAGCAAAUGACAGUCCUAUGCAUCCAGUUGGAUUUUCGAGACAAACCACGAAACGUCGAUAUGAGAUUAUGCAGCAGAAUGAUGUAAGCAUUUUGAGUUCUUGAGCCUACGCUAAACUCUCUACUUAAUUAAAAAUACAAAUACU